ACCACCCAAUUCGCCAUGGCGCCUCCCUCCCCUCCCCCCCUCCUCCUCCGCGCGCCGCCCCUCACCGGCUGACCCCACCCCCACCUCCCCCCGCCGAAUCCCCAAAUCCGCCGGACGCCGACGGAGCAAGGCAAGCGGAUUGACCGACGGAUCGAUCCGGCAGCACGCACGCCGCCGAUCUCCCCAAUCCGGCGCCAUGUUCAACAAGAUCAUCAAGCGGGGGGCCCGCAAGGGCGCGCGGGGACACAACGAGUCGUCGCCGGCCGCCGACCCCCGCAACGCGGCCCCGUCCUCCUCCUCCGGCGGGGCGGGGGCCGCGCCGGUCACCGUCAACCACGCCUCCCGCGCGUCCGCGCCGGCGCCGCCCUCGCCCACCUCGCCGCACCUGGCCCCCUCCGCCUUCGCCGCCGCCCCCUCCCCGGCCGCGGCCCAGCCGCCGCUCCUCGAGCCGCUCCCGCUCCUCCGCGACGUGGCGGCCGCCGACCGCCCGGGCCUCCUGCUCCGCAAGCUGCGCCUCGUCGCCGCGCUCUUCGACUUCUCCGACUCCCUCAAGCACCCCCGCGAGAAGGAGGCCAAGCGGCAGGCGCUGCUCGAGCUCGUCGACUACGUGCAGGCCCCCGCCGCCGCCGCCGGCAGCAACAACAACGCCCCCGCCCGCCUCCCCGACGCCGUGCAGGAGGCCCUGGUGGCCGCCAUCUCCGCCAACAUAUUCCGCCCGCUGCCCCCCGCGCUGCACGAGUCCGCCGCCUCCAUCGACCCCAACGCCACCCCGGACGACGAGGAGGAGCCCUACCUCGACCCCGCCUGGCCGCACCUCGCGCUCGUCUACGAGCUCCUGCUCCGCUACGUCGUCUCCCCCGACACCGACACCAAGGUUGCCAAGCGCUACGUCGACCACGCCUUCGUGCUCCGCCUCCUCGACCACUUCGACACCGAGGACCCCCGCGAGCGCGAGUACCUCAAGACCGUGCUCCACCGCAUCUACGGCAAGUUCAUGGUGCACCGCCCAUUCAUACGCAAGGCCAUCAACAAUGUCUUCUACCGCUUCAUAUUCGAGACCGAGCGCCACAACGGCAUCGGCGAGCUCCUCGAGAUCCUCGGCAGCAUAAUCAACGGCUUCGCCCUGCCCAUGAAGGAGGAGCACAAGCUCUUCCUCGGACGCGCGCUCAUCCCGCUGCACAAGCCCAAGUCCGUCGCAAUCUACCACCAGCAGCUCUCCUAUUGCAUUGUCCAAUUUGUCGAGAAGGACUACAAGCUUGCCGAUGCCGUCAUCAGGGGGCUGCUCAAGUACUGGCCAGUCAUAAAUUGCCAGAAGGAGGUGCUCUUCUUGGGGGAGCUCGAGGACGUGCUUGAGGCCACACAGCCUGCUGAAUUCCAGCAGUGCAUGGUGCCGCUGUUUAAACAGAUCGGACGCUGCCUUAACAGUGCCCAUUUCCAGGUUGCUGAGCGGGCUUUGUUCUUAUGGAACAAUGAUCACAUUGUAAGCUUGAUUGCCCAAAAUCGUGGUGUCAUACUUCCAAUAAUAUUUGAAGCACUUGAGAGGAACAUACAGAGCCACUGGAACCAAGCUGUUAAUGGCCUGACCGCAAAUGUGCGUAAGAUGUUUUUGGACAUGGAUAGUGAGCUAUUUGAAGAGUGCCAGCAGCAGUACAUUGAGAAAGUAGCAAAAGCCAAAGAAUUGGAGGAGCAACGGGAGUCGGCAUGGAGACAAUUGGAAGCCGUUGCUGCCAAGGCUUCUGGGGAUGACAUGGUUUUGGUCAACUAGCAUCCAUAAGUAGACAAACAUCGUUUCAGAAGAUGUUUAUGCUUGCCCAGAUGGUCGGUGCGCACAACCUCGCGAGCAUCCACGUGCGCCCGUCAGUCAACUCACUAUCGAUGUCGGUUGCGGCGCCGGUGCGUUCAUCUCGUCUUUGAUGGCUUGGAAUCACAGGCGCCUCCCAAUGAUGGUUAGGUCGAAACAUGAUGGUGGUAGCAGGGACCAAUUCUUCCAACCCGCAACGAGGUCCUGCGAUGGUACCGCGCUCUUCUUCCUUUGUUCAACCCCUGUCUCUCUUUUGUUAUGAAUGAAAUAAUCGGACCUUUGUAUUAAUCCUUCAUUGUUUGCCCUAGUUGGCUUCCCGCAAUUGGGGGAGUGCAAGUAGAAAACGAGUGAGCUAGAUGUAAUCUUUUUUUCUUCUUCUUUCUUUCCCUUUUCUUGUUCUGGGAUAUUUCAAUUUAUUAUCAUGUUGUAUGAGUAACAUCAAGAACGGAGAUAAAAAGAACCGCUUUAAUUUA